AUGUCACACCAUCACCACUCUCACGACCAUCACGGACACUGCCACGGUGAGGGAGACGACGGUCAUGACCACUCGAGCGAUAUCACGCCAGCGCUCCAGUCCCUCCUAUAUUCGCAGAUCCAAUUCGAUUCGAUUAUUACCUUGAAUGAGGCGUUGCCCAAGUCUGGAGCUGCGAUUGUCAAGAAAACAUGGGCUGAACGACAGAAUGAUGAGCCGGAGUUGGAAAGUGAUGCAGAUGAGCAGUUGCUGAUGUAUAUUCCAUUCACCGGCCAAGCCAACGUUCACUCAGUCCUCAUCUACACUGCCCCGACACCAUCCGCCCCAAAAACCCUCAAACUCUUCAAGAACCGCGACGACUUGGAUUUCUCAACGGCGUCGGAGCUAAAACCGACUCAAACGAUCGAGGUCCCGCAGCCGAUUCCGGGGACGGAUGUUUUCGAGCUUCCGCUGAACCGCGCGCACUGGAAUGCUACGACUUCUGUGACUCUGUUCUUCGAGGACAACUGGAGCGAUGGGGAAGAGGACGUGACCAAAGUCGGGUAUAUUGGGCUUAAGGGCCAGUUCAUGGCAUUAAAUAGAGAGCCUGUUAGUUUCUUGUAUGAAGCGGCGGCGAACCCGAAUGAUCAUGUUGCGAUUCCCGGCGUGAGUGGUGUUGGAAGCAGAAUCAUGCCUGGUCAGUGA